CAGGGGGCGGGGGGGGGACAAAUUUUCCAGCCAAGGCAGAACUCCUUCCUUGCUGGGACAGGAAAGAGAGAAAGGGAGGGACUAAAAGCCACAUUUUGGUUUCGUAACUCAACUGUAACAGAACAAGGACAACAUUCAGAAUUGGGGGAAAACACAAGGAUUCGGACAAAAUAAGUUGUCAUGGCGUCAUUGGACAGCACCAGCUGGAGUGUGCCAGGUCUUCUACUUGCACUGCUGCUAGUCUUUUAUUCAGAUCUGCCGCACGUUCGUGGACUGGAGGUGUCAACAGGAAAGGUGUCAUCAAUUGAGGCAAUGAACGGCUCCACUGUGUUGCUCCCAUGCACCUACUCCUCCUGCAUUGGCAUUCACAAGCUCUACUUCAGCUGGCAUUAUAACAACAAUGGCUCUAAGGAAAAAUUAUGCGAUGGGAUAGUUCCGAGCGAAGGUGCGGAGGCCAAAGUGAAAGUAAAACACCCGCGAAUAGAGUUUGUAGGCGCUACAAAGGGCCACAAUAUUUCUGUCCUGCUGUGGAAUAUCACCUUUGAAGAUGAGGGAGAGUAUAUCUGUUUUGCAAGGAACCCCAAAGAGAAAUACCGCAAUCACAGCGCUAGCUACACCCUCUAUGUGGUGGAUCAAAUGAGGGAGGUUGACAAUACUUUAACUGUCAUCAUUGUCUCUGUGUUGGGCGGAGUCAUUGGAUUAGUUAUCAUUGUUAUGGUGAUAAAGGCCUUGGUAGUCCAAUUCCUGCUGAAGGAUGAUGAAAAGAAUAAAGAGUGCCUGGUUAACGCCUCAGGGAACGACAAUACCGAAAACGGACUUACAGGAGCCAAAGCUGACAACAAAGGAACACCAAAGGCAUGAGCAAAAAAACACAGAGUAUGGUUGUAUAUAUGUUACAAGAAAUGUACACUACCAAUGAAUGAACUGUCUUAUCUUGUUGCUAAAUAGUACACCAUGCAAAUGUAUAUUUAAAUUAUUGCUUGAAUUUUUAAAAUGUCUGCAGAAGGCUGGGUCACGCUUGUCUACAUGGCAGCGCAUUUGUUGCAGUGUUUGCCGUCUGUAUCAUCAAAUUCUGCAGCCGCGGGUAGUUCCCUAUACUCCAUGUAUUGAACUCGAUCAGUAUAUUGUAUCUUCUUCCUGA